GCUGUACGACUCUGUAAAGUCUGUGAGUCACUGCACAACCCAUCAAUCCAAUUAAAUGUCUUGAGCGAGCCGAGCAGGCGGUGCUGCCGCCGCGCCGCUCGCCCCGCCGCGGCCGCCCCUGCUCGCAGCUCCCCUCUGAUCCAUGGCUGUCUGUCUGUACUUGUUACGGUGUAACCUCCUCCUCCGCCGCCUCCUCCUCAGGAGCCGCUGCAACUUCCCCUCAGCCAGCCUCCUCCUCUGCUCGGGGACUGCAAAGGCAUGGGAUAGACCCAGAGCCACUUCUUUCUGUCUCCCCUCCAGCCCUCGCUCAGUUUCCCCCCUAUAAAAUUAAAGUCUGUUCCUCGCUCCUCGGCGUUUUAGAGAUUUGUCAGCUAUUAUUUCCCCUGAUUUUUUUUUUCCCUCCCUGGGGCAGGGGGUCGCAGGGGCCGGUGGGUUUAUUUUAGGAAGGGGGCUCUCCACCCCCUCCCUUUUGGGCCGUGACUUGAUUUCCCCGCUCCUCUCCGCUGCCACCCCUGGAACUCACCGUCCUGCACUCGAGUGACGCACCGACACCCCCCGCCCACAGCCCAGACGUCCCCUCCCUCGCUGCCACCCCGACCCGUCUCGGAGCUGGACCCGGUGCCCACUUCUUCGCAGAAGGAGGUUCACGCACUCAGGAUUUGUGUGUGCAAGCGUGUAUGCACUAAGAGAAAAGAAUUAUCCCAGCUUGGCUGCAACAGAUUAGGCCAAGAUUUCCUGGACUCUGAAGGAGAUGUGCCCACAGACCUAGCUCUGAUUUAAGUGGACGUGUGAAGUCUUCGUGAAAGUGGCUAAGAAUCUCUGGCAACAGAGAAAGAUAUAUGUUGGGUAAAGGAGGAAAACGGAAGUUUGACGAGCAUGAAGAUGGGCUGGAAGGCAAAAUCGUGUCUCCCUCCGACGGUCCAUCCAAGGUGUCUUACACCUUACAGCGCCAGACUAUCUUCAACAUUUCCCUUAUGAAACUCUACAACCACAGGCCCCUCACAGAGCCCAGCUUGCAAAAGACCGUGCUCAUCAACAACAUGUUGAGGCGCAUCCAGGACGAGCUCAAACAGGAAGGCAGCCUGAGGCCUGUGUUCACUGCCUCCUCCCAGCCGGCCGACUCGCUGAGCGACAGCUACCGAGAGGCCCCGCCCGCCCUUGGCCACCCCGCAUCCCCACCCGCACACCCCUGCGACCUCGGAAGCACUACGCCCCUGGAGGCCUGCCUCACCCCGGCCUCGCUGCUCGAGGACGAUGACACUUUUUGCACUUCCCCGGCCGUGCCGCCCGCGGCUCCCACCAGACUGUCCCCUCCAGCCCUCCCGCCGGAGAAGGACAGCUUCUCCUCGGCCUUGGAUGAGAUCGAGGAGCUCUGUCCCACAUCUACCUCCACAGAGGCCGCCGCCGUGGCAGCGACUGACAGCCCGAAGGGGGGUUCCAGCGAGUCCAGCCUCCAGAAACCCGAGGGGCUCCAGGAGGGCCGGCCUGACGACUCGAAACUGAUGGACUCACUGCCUGGGAACUUUGAGAUCACAACGUCCACGGGGUUCCUGACAGACUUGACCCUGGAUGACAUCCUGUUUGCUGACAUCGACACGUCGAUGUAUGAUUUUGACCCCUGCACGUCCACAUCGGGGACAGCCUCAAAAAUGGCCCCAGUGUCAGCCGACGACCUCCUCAAGACUCUGGCUCCUUACAGCAGUCAGCCCGUUGCCCCGAGUCAGCCUUUCAAAAUGGACCUCACAGAGCUGGACCACAUCAUGGAGGUGCUCGUCGGGUCCUAAGACCUGGGGACCCUGUGACUCUGCCCACCCAGACCCCGCGAGUGUCCCGCACCCUGACAGCUCUCCGCACUGUGCAUGCACCCUUGCUUGCCUUUUUCAGAGAAAACGAACAUUUUACAAAAGGAUCACACUAGUUUUUGCUUUGAGCAGAGUUGGAGUGCCUUCAUCCCAGUCCAACCACUUUUAACAUGCUUUUUUGAGUGGUUCCUCAGAGACCUACUACCCUGGAAUAGGAAAGAAUACAUUUGAAGACAAUGUUGCUAUGUUGAAUGACAAAAAAUAAACAGUUCAAGUGAAGCACAAGGAAUAAGUUGGAAAAAGCUGUAAAUUGCAUGUGCAUAUUUGUCUAUUUUUUCUAUAAGUUUUAUUGCAAGAGGUAAAAAAAAGAAAAAAUAUAUAUAUAUUAUUUAGAUAAUCUCAGUACCUUUUCUGGCAUUUUCGCCCUGUAUAGGUUGACUUGGCAAUUCAGCCUUUUUAGAGGCAUUAACUACUCCUCAUAAGUGUUGCAUUUACAUGGCUGUUUAGAAACUGCUGCCCAAAUUUAUUUUAUAUUUUUGUACAGAUUCUGCAGUUUAUGAUAUUGUUUUUCUAAAAACAAAUGCUGUUUAUACAUAUGAGAUAGCUAUUUUGAUAGGAUUUGCUCACCUAGUUCCUGCAAACUUCAGAUGUACAAGUUGCACUUGUACUUUUAUAGAGUUGUAAUGUUUUAUAUGUGUUUGGUGCAAAGAGAAAAUUGGAUCAAAUCAGUCCGCAGUUGAUGUCCCCAAAUGCA